UCAACACUUUUUCCGUUCCAUUGUUUCAUGUAAAACACUCUAAAAUUUAAUUACUUUAGCUCUUGAGGACGCUUAUCAACAUCUCUUUAUUCAUUCAAAAGCUAUUGUUUAUCUGAUAGGAAGCCUCUUUUCUUUCGCUAAGGCCUGAGAAGAUGGAGUUUCUUACUGAACUAGCAAAAGAAGCUAUCUCAAAGCUUGGAGAAUUGGCAGUGGAGUCUACGUUGAAGCAGAUUGAAUAUAUGACUCACUACAAAAAAAUUAUUGCCGACUUGGAGGAAGAACACGAUAAGUUGGAGGGUGUUAAAGAAGCACUACAAGGAUGGGUGGACACAAAAAGAAUGAAUAGAGAAGGAAUUGAACCUAACAUACAAAAUUGGCUAAAUGAUGUUGCAGCUUUUGAAAAUGUGUUAAAAAGUUUCUAUGAAGACAAAGUUAAAAUGAACAAGAAAUGUUUUGGUGGAAAGUGUCCAAAUUUGACAUAUAAUUACUCAUUGGGAAAGCAAGCCUCUAAAAGCAUUGAGUAUAUUACAAAGUUGAAGGAGGAAAAAAAUGAGUUUCAGCUCAUAUCCUACCAUAAAGCUCCACCAACUCUUGGAUCGACCUUCACUGAAGAUAUUAAAAGCUUGGAGUCAAGGAAAAAAAUCAUAACAGAAAUCAUAGACAAACUAAAGGAUGAUGCGUUCAAAAGAAUCAGCAUAUGUGGGAUGGGUGGAGUGGGAAAAACCACAUUGGUUAAAGAACUCAUCAAAUCUGUAGAAAAUGAGUUAUUUGAUAAAGUUGUAAUGGCAGUGAUUUCCCAAAAUCCAGAUUACAAGAAUAUACAGAGUCAAAUUGCUGAUUGUUUAGGCUUGAGUUUGAAAAGUGAAAGUGUGGAAGGAAGAGGCAGGGAAUUAAUGCAAAGAUUGAAAGAAAUUGAUGAUGAUGGAAAGACUAAAGUCCUAAUUGUGCUCGACGAUGUGUGGAGCGAACUUAAUUUUGAUUGGGUAGGAAUUCCAUCUCGAGAUAACCAAAAAUGUAUCAAAAUUGUAUUCACAUCACGAAUUGAAAAGGAGUGUCAAAAGAUGGGAAGUCAAGUGAAUUUUCAUGUUUCUAUUUUGCUCAAGGAAGAAGCCUGGUAUCUCUUUCAGUCAAUGACAGGUGAUGUUGUAUAUGAACCUCAUAUUUAUCCAAUUGCAAAACAAGUUGCAAAGGAAUGUGGAGGUUUGCCUCUCGCUAUUGUAAUUGUUGGUAAAGCACUUGAAAAUGAGAAAGAGCUUACUGCAUGGGAGGAUGGAUUUGAACAAUUACAAAAUUCACAGUCAUCUUCCUUCCCAGAUGUUCACAAUUAUGUUUACUCGCGCAUCGAGCUUAGUUUCAAAAUUUUGGGUAGCACAGAACACAAGAAGCUCCUUAUGCUUUGUGGAUUAUUUCCAGAAGACUUUGAUAUUCCUAUUGAAAUUUUAUUGCGUCAUGCAAUAGGCUUGGGAUUGUUCAAAGCCGUUGGUGAGCCAUUGAAAGCAAGAAAUCGAGUGCGUAGUUUGGUGGGCGAUCUAAAGAGAUGUUUCUUGUUGUUGGACAGCAAUGUUCCAGGGUGUGUGAAGAUGCACGACAUUGUACGUGAUGUUGUCAUCUUAGUUUCAUUUAAAACUGAACACAAGUUUAUGGUGAAAUAUGACAUGAAGAGGCUGAAAGAAGAAAAAUUGAAUGACAUCAAUGCAAUAUCACUUAUCUUGGAUCACACUAUAGAGUUAGAAAACAGCUUAGAUUGUCCUACGCUUCAACUUCUACAAGUGCGAUCAAAAGGAGAUGGACCAAAUCAAUGGCCAGAACAUUUCUUCAGAGGAAUGAGAGCACUCAAAGUUUUGUCUAUGCACAAUUUACACAUUCAAAAACUUUCAUCUUUUUCACAAGCUUUGGUUAGUCUUCAUACACUACAAGUAGAAUAUUGUGAUGUUGGUGAUAUAUCUAUAAUUGGUAAGGAACUUACACACAUAGAAGUCCUAAGUUUUGCACACUCUAAUAUUAAAGAACUUCCAAUUGAAAUAGGAAACUUGAGCAUUCUAAGAUUAUUAGAUUUGACAAAUUGCAAUGAUCUUAAUGUCAUUUCUAGUAAUGUCUUGAUAAGACUGUCUCGAUUGGAAGAACUUUAUUUAAGGAUGGACAAUUUUCCUUGGAAAGGAAAUGAGGUUGCAAUCAACGAGUUAAAAAAGAUAUCUUAUCAGCUAAAGGUCUUUGAGAUAAAAGUUAGAGGGACUGAAGUUUUAAUCAAGGAUUUGGACUUAUACAAUCUACAAAAGUUUUGGAUCUAUGUGGAUAUUUAUAGUGAUUUUCAGCGCUCUGCACAUUUCGAGUCAAAUUUAUUGCAAAUUAGUGCUAUAGACUAUCAAUCUAUUAAUAGCAUACUGAUGAUCUCACAAUUGAUUAAGAAAUGUGAAAUCCUCGCAAUAAGAAAGGUGAAAGACUUGAAAAAUGUUAUGAGACAAUUGUCACAUGAUUGUCCAAUUCCAUACUUGAAAGAUUUGAGGGUUGAUUCAUGUCCUGAUCUGGAGUAUUUGAUAGAUUGUACUACUCAUUGCAGUGGCUUUUCACAAAUUAGGUCAUUGUCUUUGAAAAAUCUUCAGAAUUUUAAAGAGAUGUGUUAUACACCUAAUUACCAUGAAAUCAAGGGAUUGAUGAUUGACUUCUCAUAUUUGGUGGAGUUGAAGUUAAAAGACCUCCCAUUAUUUAUUGGCUUUGACAAAGCUAAGAAUUUGAAAGAGCUCAAUCAAGUAACAAGAAUGAAUUGUGCUCAAUCUGAAGCUACUAGAGUUGAUGAAGGUGUUCUAUCAAUGAAUGACAAGUUGUUUUCAUCUGAGUGGAUGCAACAAUUCCCAAAAUUGGAAACAAUCUUCCUAGAAAAGUGUUCUUCCAUUAAUGUGGUCUUUGACACUCAAAGAUAUUCAUACUCAGAUGGCCAAGUAUUUCCUCAAUUGAAAGAAAUGGAGAUAUUUGACCUUAAUCAACUAACUCAUGUGUGGAGUAAAGCUCUGCAUUAUGUUCAAGGUUUUCAAAAUUUGAAAAGCUUGACAAUAUCAAGUUGUGACUCUUUGAGACAUGUAUUUACUCCAGCUAUUAUUAGAGAAGUCACCAAUCUUGAGAAAUUGGAGAUAAAAUCUUGUAAGUUGAUGGAGUAUUUAGUGACCAAUGAAGAAGAUGGCGAAGAAGGUGGUCAAAUUAAUAAAGAGGAAGUAAAUAUUAUCUCGUUUGAAAAACUAGAUUCCUUAAAACUUUCUGGACUCCCAAAUCUAGCACGUGUUUCUGCAAAUUCUUGCGAGAUAGAAUUUCCAUCCUUAAGAAAGUUGGUGAUUGAUGAUUGUCCAAAGCUAGAUACAUUGUUUUUGCUAAGUGCAUAUACAAAGCACAACAAUCAUUAUGUUGCAUCAUAUUCAAAUCUUGAUGGCACUGGUGUUAGCGAUUUUGACGAAAACUACCCAAGAUCUUCUAAUUUUCAUUUUGGAUGUAUGCCAUUGUGUUAUAAACUGAUCCGUCAAAGCAACAAAAAUAACAAAAUCAAGGGUCCUUCUGUUUCCGAAAGGAAACCCAGGGUAGAGUUGGGUGGUGCAUCUCUUCUUGAAGAACUUUUUAUAACGGGUGAUUUGCAUGAUAAAUUGUUUUUGAAAGGGAUGGAUCAAGCAAGGAUAAGAGGUGGGCCAGUUAUAGACGGGCACUUGUUCCCAUACUUAAAAUCACUAAUCAUGGGGUACAGUGACAAAAUAACUGUCUUGUUAUCUUUCUCGUCCAUGCGAUGUUUUGAGCAGUUAGAGAAGCUACACAUAUUUGAAUGCAAUAACUUAAAUGAGAUAGUAUCUCAAGAAGAAUCAGAAUCAAGUGGAGAAAAGAUUAUAUUCCCUGCAUUGAAAUCUCUAAUUCUUACAAACCUUCCAAAGCUUAUGGCCUUCUUCCAAAGUCCCUAUAAUCUUGAUUGUCCAUCACUGCAAAGUGUGCAAAUCAGUGGUUGUCCCAAUAUGGAUGUGUUUUCACACGGAUUUUGUAGUACACCUAAGCUUGAGGACUGCAACAUACGUAUUGGAUCCCUCGGCAGCAGCUACAUUCAUAAGAAUGACAUGAAUGCUACUAUACAAGGGUUUAAAACAUUUGUGGCAUUACAAAGCUCGGAGAUGUUGAAUUGGACGGAGCUAUAUGGUCAAGGCAUGUUUGGAUACUUUGGAAAAGAACGAGAAAUCAGUAUCAGGGAAUAUCAUAGAUUAUCAAUGCUUGUACCAUCCAAUGAGAUACAAAUGCUUCAACAUGUGAGGACACUGGAUGUAAGUUAUUGUGAUUCAUUGGUUGAGGUGUUUGAAUCAAUAAGAGAAUCUACAAGAAAAAGGGAUGUUACUACACAUUAUCAGCUACAAGAGAUGACAUUGAGUUCGUUGCCAAGAUUGAAUCAGGUAUGGAAACACAAUAUCGCUGAGUUUGUAAGCUUUCAGAAUCUAACAGUAAUGUAUGCUUUUCAAUGCGACAAUUUGAGGAGUUUGUUCUCCCACUCUAUGGCUAGAAGCCUUGUGCAACUUCAAAAAAUAGUAGUUGAGAAAUGUAAAAUGAUGGAGGAGAUAAUAACAAUGGAAGAAGAAUAUAUCGGAGGAGGGAACAAAAUCAAGACUUUAUUUCCUAAGUUGGAGGUAUUGAAACUUUGUGAUCUUCCUAUGUUGGAAUGUGUUUGUUCAGGAGAUUAUGACUAUGAUAUCCCUUUAUGCACUAUUGAAGAAGACAGGGAAUUAAAUAAUAAUGAUAAGGUUCAGAUUUCAUUUCCACAAUUAAAGGAGUUAGUGUUUCGUGGAGUGCCGAAGAUCAAGUGUUUUUGUUCAGGAGGGUACAACUACGAUAUUGAGCUCUUGUCAAUUGAAGAGGGUACAAAUAGGAGAACUUUUCCAUAUGGAAAGGUUAUUGUAAACACACCCAGCCUUCGUACACUACGUUGGGAUAAGGAUGGGCUGUUGGUCGCUGUUAACACACUUGGGGACCUAAAUUUGACAAUAUAUUAUGUUCAAAAUUCAAAGAAAUACAUGGUGGAGUUGCAAAAAUUAGAGACGUUUAAAGAUAUGGACGAAGAGCUUCUUGGCUACAUCAAAAGAGUAACACACCUUGACAUUGUAAACUGUCACAAGCUAUUGAAUUGCAUCCCAUCCAACAUGAUGCACUUAUUAUCACAUUUGGAGAAACUCUCUGUUAAUGAAUGUGAGUACUUAGAAGAGAUAUUUGAAUCAACUGAUAGCAUGUUGCAGUGGGAGCUAGUGUUCUUAAAAUUGCUUUCUCUUCCAAAACUGAAGCACAUUUGGAAAAACCAUUGUCAAGGAUUCGAUUGUUUACAAUUGAUAAUCAUCUAUGAGUGCAAUGAUUUGGAAUAUGUUCUUCCGGAUGUUUCCGUGCUCACAAGCAUUCCAAAUUUGUGGUUAAUUGGUGUGUAUGAAUGCCAGAAGAUGAAGGAGAUCAUUGGGAAUAAUUGCAAUCCUACUGAUUGUGUACAACAGAAAGCUAAAAUUAAAUUCCCGAAAUUAAUGAAGAUUGAACUGCAGAAGCUUCCUAGCCUCAAAUGUUUCGGUCAAAGCUCUUUCCCUUGCUAUAUUGAGAUGCCACAAUGUCGGCGAAUAAAAAUUGAAGACUGCCCAGAGAUGAAGACCUUUUGGUUCGAAGGAAUCUUAUACACCCCACGUCUUUAUGAAAUUUCUUUAAAAAAUACCAAAUUUGACGAAUACGAAGAUGUUAAUGACGUGAUACAACGACACAAUAAAUGAUCGAGUGUUGGUAUGAGAUGGAAUGUGCAAAUCUCAGACACAAGGACUAGCUUCAGCCAUAAGAAAUAUGUGGAGGCAUUGAGUCGGGAAGACUUUUAUUUACUCAAAGAAUGUUCGUGGCUCUUGAGCAGAGGUUAUUGACAAAUUCA